AUGAUAACAGCGGCACAAGAUCAGGCCUUAAGAACCAGAUUUGUUCAAGGAACGAUAGAUGGAAAUUCCAUAUCGCCCAUUUGUAGGAAGUGCAAUACAAAGAAUGAGACCAAAAACCACAUAGCAAGCGAAUGUCCGGCACUUGCAGAGAACCAGUACAAAAAGAGGCAUGAUUCAGAGGCAAAAGCCCUCCACUGGAGCAAUAAGUGGUAUGAUCACCAACCUAAAAGAGUGAUAGAAAACGAGCAGGCAAAGAUCCUCCGGGACUAUGGAAUAAGAACAGAUAGCGUGAUACGUGUAAAUAGACCAGGUGUGACAUUGAUUGACAAAAUCAAGACUAAAGUACCACUGAUUGAUGUCGCAAUACCAGGGGACACCAGAGUUGAAGAGAAAGAAUGGGAAAAAAUGGAUAAAUAUUAA